CUGUUGGGCGGGCCUUGGCUUGAAGGCAUUUCCAGUAGUGCACAGCCAGGGACAGCCAACUUGAUGAGGGUAAAGUAUAACAGAGGUCCUUAGGGAAGUAGGUAAGAUGGUGUCCAAGGAGCAUAGUGAAUUGUUCCUGAUAAACUCUUGCACCAGAGGCUCAAAGGCUCGGGAGCUGACCUGGGGUCAAAAGCUAUAGUGAGUGUGUGUGUGUGUGUGUGAUAUAUAUUCAUGGUUCACCUGCAUCCGAAUCACUUGGGGGGACCUAUCAAUAACGGGGUUCCAGACCCUACUUAGGGCUGCUGGUUGGUUAGUCUCUGCAGGCUUUUGUGUUGUUUGUUUUUGAGAUCUCACUAUGUAGCCCUGGCUGGCCUGGACCAAACCAGGUUGGUCUCAGAGAUCCUCCUGCCUCUGCUUUGAGUAAAUGCUCAGUGAGCCCUGUUUUUGUUUUAUAUUUAAGACAAGGUCUCACUAUAUAGCCUAGGGCAUCCCAGAACAUGAAAUACGCCCAAGCCGGUUUCCCAAUUGUUGAGAUGUGGCACCAUGGUCAGCAGGAUUAUGUAUGUCAAAAAAAGUUAUUUUACAUGUGUAGAUAUUUUGUCUACAUAUUUAAAUGUGCACCAUAUGUAUGCAGUGCCUCUGGAGGCCGGAAGAAAGAGUCAGAUCUCUGACACUGGAGUUACAGAUGGUUCUGAGCCAGCACAUGAAUGCUGACCAAGAAACUCGGAUCCUUAGGAAGAGUAACCAUUGCUCUUAACCACUGAGCCAUCUUUCCAGCUCCACGGAUUGUGCACUUUGAAAAAUGCUUUACAAGUGGAGAAUAUUGUUCCCUUGUGGAGCAACUGCCUAGUGUGUGUGAGACCCAGGGACAACUUCCAGUGCCACUAAAGAGAACAGACCAGCUUUAUGAAUGUUGGGGGUGAUGCCUCCUCUCUGUAGUCCCAGUAUUUAGGAGGAUCUGAAGUUCAAGGUCAGCCUGAGCUACAUGAAAUUCUGUCUCCUAUUAAUGAAGUAGCCCAGCUGGUAGACUGCUUGUCUAACAUGCAUACAAGGCCCUGGGUUUGAGCCCCUGUAACACUAAACCUUGGCACAGCUGUGUGCUCUGUAAUCCUAGAGGCCAAGGUCACAGCCACCUUGAGAUAUGUGAUCCUGUCUGUCUCCAAAACCAAACCAAACUGAAAAGCUGAGAAAGACAACGAGCGCCCCAGCUAAUUCUAAGCACAGUAAAACAUAAAAAACCCUGGUUUUGCUAAAAGAGCAGAGCACUCGUCACCUACAAACCUGGGUUCAUAUAGUUCAUAUAUCUUGGCUGGCCAUUUUCUAGCAGUGUGAUUUCAAGCCAUCUCUUGAGUCCCUCCCUUGCUCUCACAGCAGAGGUCAUCCAUUAUAGCUGGUCCUCUCACACUUUUGGUCUCAGGACCCAAUUAUACUCUAAAAAUUAUAGGGCAUAAGCUGAACUGGGAGCAUACACCUGUGACCCCAGCUCUGGGACAGAGGCAGCAGAGGUGUGAGCUAGUCUGCUCUACAGACAGCUUCCAGGUGAGAUGCCGUCCCACUGCACACUCCCAGGAAAAGGCACAUGCACUCCUGGAAUCCUGUUACUCCAGACAUAGAAGCAGGAGGAUUAAAAGUUCAAGGCUAGCCUGGGCUAUAUGAAACUGAAAAACAGACAUACAAUAGUUAUAGAGGGCCCUAUAUAAGUUUCUACUCUUUCAGGGGGUCAAAGGACCACAUUUUUGAGAACUGCUAUAGUGGAGGGAUAUAUGAGAAUCCAUGUGCCAGGCAUAUAGUAGGUGCUCAAUAAAUGGCCAGGGCAGUCAACUCUGGCAGUUCAGGGAAGGACUGAACCUGAGGGGCACCAGGAAAAACAGAGCUAGCUAAGAACUAGAAGGGUGGACACACUAGACCGACUACGGGAAUGUGAGAUUCGAAAUGGCAGUAAAGAUUAACACUGUGGUGGGUGAUGCCAGCUGGUUAUCUAAACGGACAUCUGUUGAAGUCAAGGAGCCACAGCUCAGAAGGUGAUUGGUUAGCUGAGAUCCUGUGACCCGCUCUGAAGAACAGGAUAGGUGGGCGGGGCUAAGCUGCUCAGCUGUUUCCCUUUUGCUUCAAGUCUAAAGUGAGCUUCUAAAACUGAGCAAGUGAAGGCGGGUCCAGAACUGCUUGGCACACAUGGUCCCCUGGGCAAACAGUCCCGGGAUAGAGCUCUGUCCUGGUUGUUGGAGGGACGGAGAGAAGAGGUUUGGUGUUACCUUUGGGCAACAUGGCAUCUGACGAGUUUGGCAACAAUCCCUUCUCUUCCCUGGCCGGGAACUCCGACAACUCAUCCUCCCAACCUCUUCGGACUGAGAAUCGAGAGCCCCUCCCUAACCCCUGGAGCCCCUCGCCCCCCACCUCCCAGGCCCCCGGGUCCGGUGGGGAGGGCACCGGAGGAUCGGGGACCAGCCAGGUGCACCCGACAGUCUCGAACCCCUUUGGGAUCAAUGCGGCUAGCCUGGGGUCAGGGAUGUUCAACAGCCCAGAAAUGCAGGCGCUGCUCCAGCAGAUUUCUGAAAACCCCCAGCUGAUGCAGAAUGUCAUCUCGGCCCCUUACAUGCGCACCAUGAUGCAGACGCUUGCCCAGAACCCUGACUUUGCUGCUCAGAUGAUGGUGAAUGUACCGCUGUUUGCAGGGAAUCCACAACUCCAGGAGCAGCUGCGCCUGCAGCUCCCUGUAUUUCUGCAGCAGAUGCAGAACCCAGAGUCUCUCUCCAUCCUCACCAACCCACGGGCCAUGCAAGCCUUGCUGCAGAUCCAGCAGGGGCUGCAGACCCUCCAGACUGAAGCCCCUGGGCUAGUACCCAGCCUUGGCUCCUUUGGGACACCCCGGACCUCGGUACCUUUGGCAGGCAGCAACUCUGGAUCUGCAGCCGAGGCCCCCACUGCUUCCCCAGGCACACCAGCCACAACUCCUCCCAGUGCGGGUUCCAAUACCCAGCAGCAACUCAUGCAGCAGAUGAUCCAACUUUUGUCUGGAAGUGGGAACUCACAGGUUCCAGUGCCAGAAGUGAGAUUUCAACAGCAGCUGGAGCAGCUCAACUCCAUGGGCUUUGUCAACCGUGAGGCCAACCUACAAGCCCUGAUCGCCACAGGAGGGGACAUCAAUGCGGCUAUUGAGAGACUCCUGGGAUCCCAGCUCUCCUGACCCCUUGGCUUGUGCCUCUUUUGUUCCCCACCUCUCAGUGCCAGCCUUUGGCUCCUGUCAAGCCCUACCUUCUAUAGUCUGUCUUCUUUGAUCCCUACGAAAAGCAGGGUGACUGCCGAGGCCUGUGCCCAACCCAUAGCUCUGUCCAAGGAUUUUGAUUUGUUGUUGUCUCAUGAAAUCUCUCCUGGUCCUCUUGGAGCAGAGCUAUCUAGUGUGCACAGUGUAUCAGUUGGCCACACCUCCUUGCCCGAAAGCACCUUGGCAGCGGGACUGAGAGGAGGACCCAGUCUGGCUAAUCGGAAGUCUUCCAUCGGUACCACUAGAGUUUAGCUUGCCUUACAUGUACUCCUCUUCUCCUGCCCUCACCUCAGCCCAACCGGUGUUUGAAUUUCACUCUUUGGCCAGGCUCUGGUGACACUGUGGUUUUCUCUCUCUACACCUAUACUGAUUCGACCAGCACUUUUUCAUGGGCUCCUUUGUGACUCUGAGGCAGGGAAAAAGAUACCUAUCCUUCUGUCCAAAGGGAGCAGUGAGUCAGCACUCUGGGCAGGAUUAUCAAGAUCAAACAGGACCAGUGGGGCCCGGUGCUGAAGAGCAACACCUGAGAGUCCUUGGAAGCAGGGACUCAGGGGACAGCCUGAGCGGGUUCAGAAGUCAGUCUAGAGACACCCACAGAUUUCACGGUGGAGAAGGCAGGCUCAGGCCUGACGGAAGAAGAGAGACUAAUGAACUGUGAACUGAAGAGAGGAGCUCAACAAAACUGACCAGGAAUCAGACUGGCUCCGCUGUUUCCAAAUAUCAUGCCCUCACACACACUGCAUGAGCCCAGCCUUCAGGCUCCACUCCAGACCCGAUGGGGUUCUCAGCUCUGUAGGACAUCUGUAUAAGUGAAUACAUGCAGGCUGGGGAGGUUGUUCCUCGUUGAUUUGUGUUUCACAACUUUGUCAACAGAGGGAGCUGGGACCCUUGGUCUCCGGAUCUGGGGUAACCAGAAAGCAUAUUGGGUAAUUCUUCUAGUGGUUAUGGCUCCAACUGGUACCCGGCCACCUCGGUGAAAGAAUAGUGAGGUUUCUCUCCCAGAGUUCCUGCCUUUCAGUUCCUCGCUGGUUCCCUUUAGGCCACAAAGUUCUAUUUGAGGAGAAGUAGAAAGGCAGAUGCCUUUGGUAUGGAAUUGGGCUUUGCUCAACUAGAGUACUGAGGAAGCCCUCACCACAUUCUCUCUGCCCUACGGUCCAGGUACUUGGAGGACCCCUGGCUGAGAGGCGGAGGUGAGAAAAGGCAUCCUGCUUGGUCCCAAGCAGUUCAGACAUGCCUUCCUCUUCCCCUCCCAACACCCACCCUGGCCCUUGUAAAUAAAUAAUGUGGUUUUUGUGAGAUUA